UCCGCUCCUCCGCAACUCCCAAAUCAAAUCAGAGGCCAUCCAACCCAGCGGCGAGAGGAGAGCCAUGGCCAAGGGAAACAGCAAGAAAAAAUCCCCCCCAGCACCCAAGUGCGGCGGGUCCAUGGCGGCGGAGGUAGGGGAAGGGGAAGAGACUAGGACGUUGCUAGUCCGGAGCGAGGACGGCAUGGAUUUCGUGGUUUCCGACCUGGAGGCGCGCCAAUCCAUGGUCCUCGAUGCUGAGACCAUCUGCUACGACGGCGAGCCCAUUUGCGUCGACGUCGACGGAGAAACCCUCUCCAAGGUCUUGCACUACUGCAAGAAGCACGCCGCCGCCGGCGACGAUGACGACCUCCUCAGAGCCUGGGACGCCAAGUUCGUCCGCGAUCUCGACCACGACACCCUCUGCAAUGUCAUCCUGGCUGCGGACAGCCUCUGCGUCCAAGGAUUGCUCCGUCUGACCUGCAACACCGUUGCCAAAAUGAUCAAGGGCAAGUCGUGCCAUGAGAUCUGCGACAUCUUCAACCUCUGGAAUUAUCUCACCCAUGUCAAAAAGAAAAUGCACCUCCUCAAAAAUGUCAACAUGGUUCAUGGGCGGUCAGAGCUGGAGGACCCUAAUCUGGACCGGAACCGGGCGCUCAGACUGGAGGAAAAUGCUUUGAGGGCUAUUCACAUUGGUCGCUGCCAAGAGUUUACCGAGUACGACCCCAAGCAGGAUUUUUUUGUCUGUAGCCGCCUCUCUGACCCCAACAUAGCUUUCUUUGACCUCGACAAAGAGUCCAGGAUUUCUCGUGGGCCGCCACUCGACGGCAUCACUGGACCUCUCUCGGAUUGGGGCCUGCAGUCUUUGGUCAACAUCAUUUCGUUCAAGGUGGCAGAAUCUGAGGUGGGCUACAACUUCAGCGUGUUUGGGACUGUGAUUGCAAGGGAUGAGGUGCACUACAAAUGUCUCUAUCUGUUUAGGCGUGGGAAGGACGAUGCCCAGAUCAUCUCCUCGCCGGUCUGUACCCGUAUCUCUUUAGUUUUUGGGCUGCAUGAUGAUAGUAUUGUUCGGUCAUUAUUACAUAUACUCCCUCCUGGUGAUUCAGGCCGUGCUGCUGGCGGCCCUGUGGCCUUGGCACGCCAUGUGGUGGCUGUCCCAGUGGAUAAGAAGGUGGUGGUCAGCCUUGUCAGUCUUACCGACGAAUGCAGCUAUGUCGACGGUCUUACCGAGGAAUGCGAGGAAGGCAAGGACGCUUUCAUCACUCUGAGGCCUUCGUAUCAGGGCCGUGUUUACAAGAUGGGAUGGGGUCAGGUGCAGGUGCAAGUCGUGUGGACUGCGGUUCCAAAGAGCAACAAAUACAAGAUGGAUGUUGUUGGAAAUGUGAUGCUCUUACACUAG